AUGGAGUUAAUGACAGAACGUUAUUUCCAAAGACCAAUUCAACAUAGUCACAGUGCGUCAAAUUUACCAGAUCUUUUACAGUCAUCGGGAUCUACAGGAAGAUUUGAAAAUAUAACGGAAGGUAGUUAUCCAGCUAUUUACACACAUAGGAACACUAAGUCAUUUGCACCUUGGCGUCCUCAGUCUUAUUUUUCAUCUGACCGUUUAUCUUAUAUUGAUGGUGCUAAGUCUGCGCAACUGGGUCCCAUGGUUAACGCUAGUGGGGGUUGGCUAGAUUUGCAUGAACUGGAAGGUUUGAGAGUUCCUUCCGUAUACUCAGCUGCACGCAACGCCUUAUGCACAAGAUAUACAUUGGCCGAUUGGAAUAAGGACAACGUAAAUCAACUGACAAAUUCGGAGCAAGCAAGAAAGAAAGCUGAACAUAUACGAGAAAGCGGAGAGCGUUUAGGAAUUGAAGCAGAUGAUAGAACCAAACGAGCACAACAAGAAGUUGGCAAGCUACUUGGUCAAAGAAUUAAUGAUAUAAAUUAUAUGAAAAAUCAAUUAAAUGAUGAAAUUGACGCACUUGUCAAUGAAAUGAAUAAAUUAAAUGAUGCUAAACGAAUUGCUGAAAAAGUAUUCGCUGAACUUGAAAAUCCAUUACAUAUUACACAAGAAUGUUUAUAUCAUCGUGAAAAACGUCAGUCGACUGAUCUUGUACAUGAUCAUCCAGAAAAAGCAUUAUUAAGAGAAAUUGAUGGAAUAAAAACUAGUCAAGAUCAAGUUAGAAAUAUCAUAAAUCGUGCUGCAGCUCAAUUAGGAAUAUUACGUGAAAUAGCAGAAUUACAAGAAUCGAUUGAUCAAUUGGUUAGUCAACUGGCCGAUACACAAAAAACACAUCAACAUCUACUGAACGUGAAAAGUCGUUUAGAAGUAGAUUUAGCAAUUAAAGUCAAUAGUUUAUAUAUUGAUCGUGAAAAAUGUUUAGGCCUGCGUAAAACAUUCCCAAUGAAUCCUGCGUUAAUAGCUCCAGCUUAAUUAAUUAAUCAAUUAAUUAAUUAAUUAAUUCAUUGUAUGCCAGAUGAAAAAAAAUCAUUGAACAAAUCAUUUGUUCUCUUUUCUCUCUUUUCUCUUCUGUUCGCUCUAUUUUUAACAAAAGAAAAUUGAACAUUCAACAUAGUACUUACUACUAGUGAAUAUUUGAUGAUGUUGUUGUUAUAAUGAUAAGCAACAAUUUAUUUUCCCUGUUCUUAUUCUUGUUAUUAUUAUCAUUAUGAUCUAUUUCGAUUUCUUUCUUCUCCUUUUGUGAUUAACAAAAAAAUAAUUCGAAUAACGAUGUGUAUGAUAUAUACUACUGUUUUUGUUAUUAAAUAAUCUUAAUAAUAAUAUUAGUAGUAUUACUACUAGUAGUAGUAGUAGUAUUAGUAGUAGUAUCGGAGAGCAGUUGUGUGCUGCACACAUUUGAUUUUGUGUAGACAACACAUCAUCAACUACUCAUUCACCUCUUGGUGUGUAUGUGCACUCUUCAUUUUACACUGACUGCAAUGCGUAUACACUAUAUAUCAUCUGUCUAUGUAUGCAUUGUGUGUUGUUUGUUGCUCAACGUGUGCUGCUGACCAACUGGUUGUUGUGUCAACAAUCAAUUGGUAUGUAAAUCAAUGAAUGCUCUCAAUCUCUGUAAGCUCUAGGGAAUUUUUGAAACGAGUAUCAGUGAUAGGCUGACAGUGUGAAGAACGCGCACUCAAAACAAACACACAGACUGUUAUGUAUUGAUUACGAUAAGUAGUUGGUUUGUCGUGUCUAGUUUUCUUUUUGUUCUGAUAAUUU